GGGGAGGAGAGAGAAGUGGGCGGGGGCCGCGGGCACCGUCGGAGUCGCUGGCAGCUACGGGGCGCCAGGUUGUUUGGAGCCUUACCCUGGCCCGGCCAGCAUGAGCUAUGGCAUCGGUCAAGGUGGCCGUCAGAGUCCGGCCCAUGAAUCGCAGGGAAAAGGACUUGGAGGCCAAGUUCAUUAUUCAAAUGGAGAAAAGCAAAACAACAAUCACAAACUUAAAGAUACCAGAAGGAGGGACUGGAGACACAGGAAGAGAACGGACCAAGACGUUCACCUAUGACUUUUCUUUUUAUUCUGCUGAUACAAAGAGCCCAGAUUAUAUCUCACAAGAAAUGGUUUUCAAAACCCUGGGCACAGAUGUGGUGAAAUCUGCAUUUGAAGGUUACAAUGCUUGUGUCUUUGCAUAUGGGCAAACUGGAUCUGGAAAGUCCUACACCAUGAUGGGAAAUUCUGGUGAUUCAGGUUUAAUACCUCGGAUCUGUGAAGGGCUCUUCAGUCGAAUAAAUGAAACCACCAGAUGGGAUGAAGCAUCCUUCCGCACUGAAGUCAGCUACUUAGAAAUUUAUAACGAGCGUGUGAGAGAUCUGCUUAGGCGGAAGUCAUCUAAAACCUUCAAUUUAAGAGUCCGAGAGCAUCCCAAAGAAGGACCUUAUGUUGAGGACUUAUCCAAACAUUUAGUGCAGAAUUAUGGCGAUGUGGAAGAACUUAUGGAUGCAGGAAAUAUUAAUCGUACCACAGCAGCUACUGGGAUGAACGAUGUCAGUAGCCGAUCUCAUGCCAUCUUCACCAUCAAAUUCACACAGGCAAAGUUUGAUUCCGAAAUGCCAUGUGAAACCGUGAGUAAGAUUCACUUAGUGGAUCUUGCUGGAAGUGAGCGUGCAGAUGCCACUGGUGCCACGGGGGUCAGGCUCAAGGAAGGAGGGAAUAUUAACAAGUCCCUCGUCACUCUGGGAAAUGUCAUUUCUGCCUUAGCUGAUUUAUCUCAGGAUGCAGCAAACCCUCUUGUGAAGAAGAAGCAAGUUUUUGUGCCUUACAGGGAUUCUGUUUUGACUUGGUUGUUGAAAGAUAGCCUUGGAGGAAACUCUAAAACCAUCAUGAUUGCCACCAUUUCACCUGCUGAUGUCAAUUAUGGAGAAACCCUAAGUACACUUCGCUAUGCAAAUAGAGCCAAAAACAUCAUCAACAAGCCUACCAUUAACGAGGAUGCCAACGUCAAACUCAUCCGGGAGCUGCGAGCUGAAAUAGCCAGACUAAAAGCUCUGCUUGCUCAAGGGAAUCAGAUUGCCCUCUUAGACUCCCCCACAGCUUUAAGUAUGGAGGAAAAACUUCAUCAGAAUGAAGCAAGAGUUCAAGAAUUGACCAAGGAGUGGACAAAUAAGUGGAAUGAAACCCAAAAUAUAUUGAAAGAACAAACUCUAGCUCUUAGGAAAGAAGGGAUUGGUGUUGUUCUGGAUUCUGAACUGCCUCAUUUGAUUGGCAUUGAUGAUGACCUUCUGAGUACUGGAAUCAUCUUAUAUCACUUGAAGGAAGGUCAGACAUAUGUUGGUAGAGAAGAUGCUUCAACAGAGCAAGAUAUUGUUCUUCAUGGCCUUGACUUGGAGAGUGAGCACUGUGUCUUUGAGAAUGUUGGAGGCACAGUGACUUUGAUACCCCUGAGUGGGUCACAGUGCUCCGUGAAUGGUGUGCAGAUCAUGGAGGCCACACACCUAAACCAAGGUGCUGUGAUUCUCUUGGGAAGAACAAAUAUGUUCCGUUUUAACCAUCCAAAGGAAGCUGCCAAGCUCAGGGAGAAGAGGAAGAGUGGCCUUCUGUCCUCCUUCAGCUUGUCCAUGACUGACCUCUCGAAGUCCUGUGAGAACCUGUCGGCGGUCAUGUUAUACAACCCUGGUCUUUUCCCUAUAAAAGGACCCAUCUGUCUAAGACUUGAGUUUGAGAGGCAGCAGCGUGAAGAACUUGAAAAAUUAGAGAGUAAAAGGAAACUCAUUGAGGAAAUGGAGGAAAAGCAGAAGUCAGACAAGGCUGCACUGGAGCGGAUGCAGCAGGAGGUGGAGACCCAACGCAAGGAGACAGAGAUCGUUCAGCGCCAGAUCCGCAAGCAGGAGGAAAGCCUCAAACGACGCAGCUUCCACAUUGAGAACAAGUUCAAGGACCUGCUUGCCGAGAAGGAAAAGUUUGAGGAGGAAAGACUGAGGGAGCAGCAGGAAAUCGAACUGCAGAAGAAAAGACAGGAGGAAGAGAGCUUGCUUCGCAUCAAAGAAGAGCUGCAGCGCUUACAAGAACUGAACAACAGUGAACAGGCCGAGAAAGUGCAGAUAUCCCAAGAACUGGACCGGCUCCACAGGGAAAAAGAUGAGCAGUGUGCUAAGCUGGAGCUGGAAAAAAGGAGGCUGGAAGAGGAAGAGAAGGAGCAGGUGCUGCUUGUGGCCCACCUCGAGGAGCAGCUGCGAGAGAAGCAGCAGAUGACUCCACUGCUGCAGCUGGGCGAGGUCCAGCGGGUAGAGGAGGAGAAGAAAGACCUGGAAGGCAUUCGGGAAGCCCUGCUGCAGGCCAGAGAAGCCCAGGCUGGAGGGGAUAAAGAUGGUGAGGAGUUGGAAAAAGCUCAGCUGCAUUUCUUGGAGUUCAAGAGAAGGCAGUUUAUUGGAUUGGCAAAGAUAGAGAAAGACCUGAUCCAACAGAAGGACCUCCUGAGAAAAGCAGUCCAAGAAGAGCAGAAAACUCUCAAGCAUUUAAAAUAUGAAAACCACGAGGUAUCUAGAUUGGCAGAAGCAAAUGAUGGUAGUGUCCCAAAUGUCACUGGUAUGGCUGAAGAUUUAGAAAAAAUAAAGCCAGCGGAGUACAGAUUACAGUAUAAGGAACGUCAGCUCCAGUACCUUCUGCAAAAGCAUCUACCAGCUCUGUUGGAAGAAAAGAAAAAAGUGCUCGAAAUCCUUGACCAAGGCACUCUGGGAUUAGACAACACUCUUUAUCAGGUGGAAAAGGAAAUGGAAGAAAAAGAAGAACAGCUUGCGCAGUACCAAACCAGAGCCAGUGAGCUGCAGCAACUCCAAGCAACCUUCGAAUUCACUGCAAACGUGGCCCGGCAGGAAGAUAAAGUGAGGAAGAAGGAAAAGGAGAUUUUGGAGUCCCAGGAGAAGCAGCAGAGAGAGGCACUGGAGAGGGCUGUGGCCAAGUUGGAGAGGAGACGAUCUGCUCUGCAGAGGCACUCCACCCUGGGCCUGGAGAUCCAAGAACAGAGGCAGAAACUUGCCACACUCAGAGGCAGCAGCAGUGGGCAGGCAGGACUCCACGCAGGCCUGGAAGCUGAGCAGGAGGCCCUGGAGAAGGACCGAGAGAGGUUAGAGCAUGAAAUUCAGCAGCUGAAACAGAAGAUCUGUGAUGUGGAUGGGAUUCAGAGAGAUCAUUGCGGGACCCUAGAAGGAAAGACGGCUCCUUCUAGUUUACCAUCUAGUGCUGAAAAAUCCCCCCUGGCUCCCCUGAUGGAUGCCCGGAUCAGUGCUUACAUUGAAGAAGAAGUCCAAAGACGUCUUCAGGAUUUGCAUCGUGCCCUUGGAGAUGCCAGCAACACAUCAGCAGAUAUGAUGAAGGAUAAUGAGAAACUUCACAAUGGCACCAUUCAACGUAAACUAAAAUAUGAGAAAAGGCAAUUGCAGCCUACAGAAUAUAUUGCCUCACUUCUGACCAAAGAUGCUACUGACACUUCCAUUGUCAUUAGAGAAGAGAGGAGGGAGGUGGAUCAGAGCAACUCCUGGAACCAUCCCAUGACGCAUGGCAUCUUGGGCCCCGAAGCUGCCUCUUCCAUCUCACAAGACAGAAGGGAUCCGUCCUCAGUUGCUGAGCCACUACAGGAUUACGGUUACAAAUAUUGCCAUCUUGAGCUCUCUGGCCACCUUGAACCAAAAUAUUUUCAUCUGCUUCACAAAAGCUGCACCAGAGAUACAGAUGCUUUCCAGGGUAAGCCAGAAAACAUUAGUGAGCUGAUGAAUCAUGAAGAUGAGCACAGCUUGGGAGUCGAGUCCAGCUGGACACCGCUGCAACACACAUCCCAACAAGUAUCUAUAAAUAGCAGAAGCAAGCAAGCCAAGCAUAGCAGGGUGCUCUGCUUUGUUCUCUCUCAAGAAAGCACUUCUCAAGAGCAGAGUACAUCAGGCUGCGCUUUGCAGAGCACAGGGGCCCUCGCUUCCCGUUGGGAGCAGCAAGAUGAGAAAGAGUUAGCUGCUAAAAAGAUUAGCUCUCCAGCAUCACUGAUCAAUAUCGGGGCAGAAGGAAACAAUGCACUGGGAUAUUUUUACCACAGGUUCUCAGACCUUUAUAAAGAUACUAGCAGUCACCUGCUGCAGGCAGGCACAAAGGUGAUUAGCCAAGCCAAGCACAUGGGAAGCCUGUGUGACCCGAAUGGGCUUACCUCCCAGGUGACGACAUUCAUGAGAAGACUGCCAUUUCUGAGGCACUUACCCCUGGAUGUGCCUUGGAGGUCAUCCAUUGCGCCCUCUGGGGCUCAUUCUUAUUCCAAUGCUCAGACUACCAGCAAUAGUGAAGAGGCUGGAAACCCAACACUCCCAGACAGCCCUGGGCCUUACACGGCCUCUGCCUUCACAGCUGUAGGUUUAUCGAACUCCUUGCCAAGUUCAGUUUUCCAUCUUGAAUAUGAAGAUGCUCCAAAGAUCUCUGUCUUUAAGCAGAGCUUUAUCCAGUUCCCAGACCUAAUGCUGCAACUUCAGGGACACUGUUUAGAUGAACUCCUACAACAUGUGACCUGUUUACUGCCACAACCUGCAGACCACAUGAAGGAUGUCAAAGGCAUCUACUGGCUAGCUGUUGCCAACUGUACAGAACCUGACCCUCAGCCAGCAUGCUUGCUUCUCCUGUCCUCAGCCUUGUAUGCUAUGGUCCAGUCUGGUCCCAGCCCGGGCUCAAUGAGCAUCUUUCAUGCUCUCCCUCUCUCUGCACUACAGGAGAUUCAAGUCAGCUUUGGAGGGCAGAGCAUUCGGUUGCUGGGAUCUGCUGCGAGUCUCCUCACUGUGUUUACGUACAACAAAAAGCUCUGUCAACAGCUAUGCUGGGACCUGCUGUGUGUCCUGCUGUCCGAGUCUGAAGCUGCCACUUAUGCAGACCAUCCCUUAUUCCAGCAAGAUCUGGUUGAGCUUUCUCUUGAUUGUAUGGCGGAAGUACCCGAUUUAGUGGUGGCGAAUGGAGUUCGCUUGUCAUCCCAGUUCCAGGCAACCGGGGUUGACAUGGUUUACUUUCUUCAUGGAAAUAUGGAGGGCAGCAUCCCUUCUCUAGCCGAGGUUCAGUUACUGCUCUACACCACCGUCAGAGUCGAGGGCGAGUAUGGCUGCCGAGCAUGCCAAUCCCUAGUCCUUCUGAACACUCACAUUGCACUCCUGAGGGAGGAUCGUGUGUUUUAUCCACACUCUUGGUCUCUUAACACACUCCCUCCUCGAACACAGUUUGAAGUGAUCAGAUGCCAUGCUUUAAGUGAGUUCAGGAGUGUGGUUGUUCCAGAGAAGAAAAACUUACCAACAGUAGAACUUAUCUUCAUUGGAAAACUCGGGCUUGCUCAGGAUUCCAGAAACAACUCACCUGCACACCUUCAAGACCCCCCCAGUGCCUCAUUGUUUACUGCCCCUAUAUGUCUUCGGGGUGCUUACAGUGAGGCACCUGAGGUCUGGAAACUGACUUUCAAUUCUCAGGAUGAAGCUCUCUGGCUAACCUCAUAUUUGACAAGACUCAAGCAAGGAGACUUUUAAAGAUGCAAGGGCAUUUUAUUUUGAGAUCUUUAAUAAAAUGAACAUUAUGAAAACAGUCAGGAGGGUAUGAAUAUCUCAGUGAAGCUAAUUGAAUUGGACUUGGAAAGCAGCAGAUCUCUGAAAUUGAAAAUGUAAAUAUUUUAAAUAAUCUACAGUAAAAUGAAAAGGGCUGAUAGCAGAGAACUGAUAAAAUACCUUUAUUGCCACCUGUUUCAUUUUCUUGGAACUCAAGCUUGUAAUUUUAGGCCCGCCUCAUUCUGUGUGAAUGAUUAAAGCAUUCUGAUUGUUGGGUUUCGUGUCAGUUUAUAAGUCUGUGGCUUGGAAUCUGUCUGUUUGUACUACUUGAAAAGAAUGCCCAGUCUGGCAGUGACCUCUGUUGAUAGGCUUCUUGCUAGUGGUGACUAGGACAGCUAUGUGGUUGUAGCACACAAUGCUGCAUCUAGCUUCCUGUACAGACCCAAGCCUCUAGUAUGUUACUGGGCUUACAGUGCAAUGCAUACCCUGUGGUGCCUUCUUCCUCAGCUAACUGCCCAUUCCUUUCUUUCACUGUUCUCUUUCAUCCUGUGUGGUUUCAGCUCUGACAACUUCUAUCUACCAUACAACUUUUCCCACAUUUUAGUUGUUCUAAACUUUUCUGUUUCUGUUCCAGUAAGGUUUUUCCAAAUCUCUGAGUCUAAUUGUUUUCUAAUGGCUUUAUUCUACUGUCUUGUCAAAUAUACAGUUUCCUUAGAAGACAUUCAUUACUUUUUUCCUCUUCUUACCAAACCCAUCACUUAUAUCUGCUGAACAAAGUGUUCUGCUGCCCUGAGGGGAGCUCAUAUCAUCUGGGUCUGCCUGGGGUGAGUAUUCUUUCCCCACAAAGUUCUGUUCAGUAGUCAGCUACCCUUUUCCUCUGAGGCUUCAGGCUGUGCCUUUGGGGGAAUCUCUCUCUUUUUUGAUUGAUCCUUUCCUCUCGGGCUACUUUUGUUCAACAAUCCUGGGAGCAACCAGAUAGUACAUUUUGUACUUGCUUUUUCUUUUUUCUUUUUCUUUUUCCAUCUUCCUGGUUGCUCUGCUAUUGUUCUCCUGUCUCCUCAGGGUCUACUAAAUUCCAAAGUCUCAGAAAGGGAGAGGCAGGCCUUCUACGGCAUGUGUUCUCCAUCUUCUGUCAUCUAAGAUCCUGUUCGGCCUUGGGUAGGUGCUCAGCAGUGCCCCACACAAUUGAACGGGUCAGAAAUUGCAUUAAACCAUUUCAUUGUUAUGAGGCAGUCUUUGGAUAAUAUACCAUAUAAGCUUUGUUCCUUCUUCAUUUCUGUUACUAAUGACAGGGAUGGUAACAAAAUGUAAAUUGCCUUGAAACUUCCCAUCUCUCUUUAGCCAGAAGUAUGCAUCCCCCCACCUCUCUGUCUCUCUGUAUAUAUCAGAGAUAAAGACAAACUACCCACCUGGUUCUACAUUUUCAUGGUCCCAGAUUGUGGGGAAGUAAAUGGAAAACACAGGAAAUUGGAGAGUGUGUUAUUGUUUACAAACUUAUGAAAACUUAAUGGUUUUGGACCUGUGGUGACUUUACAGUUUUGAGGGUAUUAGACUACUUGAUUUAGGGGGAACGUGUUUUUAUUACUUCCCAGAGCAUCCUCCCCCAUCUACAUACCUGAAUACUUUGAAUUCUGUGUCAGAGACACUGUUAGUAUUAAAACCAUUCAUUCCUCACUGUCUUUGCUGGUUGUUCAUCUGUCAUUGAAAGAAUUCCUAAAACAUACCAUGACAGUCAUCAAUACUAUUUCUCCUAAUUUUCAUAUUUUCGCUUCGUUCAGCUAAUAAAUUUUGCGUUAUUUUUCAUAAGUGCUUCCACGAAGUGUUUUCUCACAUACCCUUGACAAGGAAAACAUAAUUACCAAUCCAGAAGACCAGAGAGUAAAAUGUAAGAUACCAGCAGAGAGAUACUGUGGUCAGGGAAAA